GUACGAUUAAAAGCCCCCCAGAUAUUGUUAUUAAUCUGACCUUUCGUCAGUGGAAUUAAAAUCAACCAUUAACUCCAGUCUCAGCUAGUGUUUCGGCUAGUUAGGUGCGUCAAAAGUACGGGUAAUUCAAUAGUGACUAUACCGAUUCCAGGAUGCUGUGGAAGAUUUUCGGCUUUUUCCUAAUUUUAGGAACAUGUUUGGCUGAAAUAGAACUACCAAAUCAUCCAACAAAUUUGGACGAGGUUCCAGCAAUCAAGCAGAGAUGCGAAGAAAAGGGAAAGACUGAUACUUAUGACAGAUUAAAGGUCGCCAUAAACGAAACCAGAAAAUGCCUGGAAACCAAAAUCGACCCGACCAAAGUCAAAGAUGAAUUAGAAGAAGCAAAGAAAACUGGUUCUAUGGAUGAAGUAUUUAGCAAGUACUGCAACAAGAGAUCAGAAUAUAAAGAAUGUAUUUUGAAAACUGUAAAUGUAACCAAAGAAUGCAUGGAUGAGUCUGAAAGUAAUGCUGUGGAUACUGUUAUAAGGGUUAUUGAAGAAAUUGGCGACUUUGCUUGUUAUAGAGACGGAGAUAGACUUGCAAUGUUUAUAGCUGAAGGCGGUUCCGAAUGCGUCAGCUCUCGUAGCGAACAAAUUAAAACUUGCAUUAAUGAAACUUUAAAAAUUGACACAAGCAGCAUCAGUUUCACUUCCCUUCCCACCAACCUUCCCAAUUGGAAAAUUGACAAAAAGAAAUGCGACGACCUUAAAACGAUCCAGGAUUGCGUAGUGACAGAUCUAGAAAAGAAUUGCAAGGAUACUACUCCUGCAAAUAUUAUAGACGCUCUCUUCAAAUUCGUCAAGAAGACAACUUGUAAGAACAUCAAGAAACGAAAUACACAUCAUUGGAAAAUAAAAAGGGAUCUGAAUAUACACGCGAUCAGAAUGAUAAAUUCAUCAGCGAUUCAUCAGAGGUUUGCUGAGGAAUGUAAAAAAAAUGGUGGCGAAGAAGCUUAUGAUCAAUUUUGGAAUGCUCUACACAAUUCCCAGUCCUGCUUUGAGCAUAACCGUAUUUUCGUAACCCCAAAACAAGAAUAUUUGAACACCUUACGAAGAUGUACUGACGAUCAUGUUACUAAGUUGGAAAGUUGUUUUCCAGAUGAUUUGAAGUUUUAUCCGAAAUUACUGAUCGAGGUUGUGGAAGCUUUGAUUGGAUUUUCUUAUGAUCAUUUGAAUCUUAACAAACUUACUCCACAAAGUGACAUAGUAUUCUGCCUUCAAAGAUUAAGAACAUCAGGGGCAGUUCAGAAUCUUUCGGAAUGUAUCCAGGGAAAAACUCCUGUUCAAAGUGACGUUCUAAAUUACCAGUUGCCCAACAAAACAUCAGUAUGCAAAUUAUGGGGUGAAAUGGAUGAAUGUUUUAACAAUUUCAUAAAAAGGACAUGCGCUCCAGAUAUAGCUGUUGAUGUGAUUUUAGGCAACUUCACUGAAGCUUUACUGAAACCAUGCAGAACCUAAUGAUAAUACCCAAUGGUAUUCGAUGGUAUUACAGUAGAAUUACACAAAAAAAGCCAAAGAAUAUUUGAACCAUUUGUUAAGAAUCAUUCCAAUUUAUAUAGGUACGUUUUUGUAGAAAAAUGAAAAAAAAAUUAUCGCAGAUUGAAAUCAUUUCUAAUAAAUAAUUCAAACAAACAA